AUGAGCAAUAAAGAUCGCAAAGAAAAACAUGUUAGUUUCAAGCCUGCCAAAGAGUCCCACAAAAACGAUUAUUCGAACCAUUACAUUCACGUUGGAUCAUUACCACAGAGCCAUGUCUCUAAUGUCGCGAACCCGAUCGAAGGCUAUCCUAAGCUGGAGAAGCUGUUUCAGAUGAAAAGCGAGCAGAUUGCUCAAUACACGACUACGCCGUUUGGCUGUAAGGUCGAUAUAGAUCAGAUGGUUCCGACUAUAAAUUAUUGGAUCCAAAACGAGAAGCUAAUUUUCGAUGUGGUUAUGAUCGGCUGCCUAACUGAUAAUCAAUUCAUAUACCCGCUGCUGACGCAGUUAGCAAUUGACAAGCUGGUUUCAAAGCCAGGAUUCCUGUUCAUCUGGGCAAGUGCUCAGAAAAUCAAUGAACUCAAUAGAUUGGUGAACAGCGAAGGCUGGGCGAAGCAGUUCAGGAGAAGCGAAGAGCUCGUCUUCGUUCCUAUCGAUAAAAACUCGCCAUUCUUCCCUGGACUUGAGCAAGAUGACCAUUCGCUGAUAGAGAAAAUGCAAUGGCACUGUUGGAUGUGCAUUACUGGAACGGUCCGGAGGUCAACUGAUGGCCAUUUGAUUCACUGUAACAUUGACACGGAUCUAAGCAUAGAAGAAAAAGGUGCCCGCGACGGAGCUGUGCCUUCUCACUUAUACAGGGUUGCAGAAAACUUCUCUACUUCUACCAGAAGGCUGCACAUAAUUCCUGCAAGAACAGGUACAGAAAACCCGGUUCGGUUGAGACCUGGCUGGGUCAUUAUGAGCCCCGACAUUAUGUUGGAUAAUUUUGUCCCAGCUAGGUACAAAAGUGAAAUUGACAAACUGGGCUAUAAUAUACCACUUAAGAAUGAGAUUCAGCAAUUGCGGCCAAAAAGCCCCACGCAGAAAGUAUAA